AUGUCCGAGCCAAUCUACAACGCUUCAACCCCCAAAGGCGGCGAUCCUACGCAAAUCGACGUAAACCUGCAAUAUUCUGGCAUUGAAUACAACUAUGUCUACAUUAUCAGCUGCGCGUUUAUCGUGUGGCUCAUCAUGCCCGGCAUAGGACUACUGUAUAGCGGUCUUGCACGACGGAAGUCGGCGUUGGCGUUGCUGUUUCAAUGUUUUUUGGUUAUUGCUGUGAUAACCGUGCAAUGGAUGUUUUGGGGCUACUCACUGGCGUAUUCCCGUGAUGGGGGACCGUACAUUGGGACGUUAAAGAAUUUCGGACUCAUAGAUGUGAUGAUCGCCCCGUCGUCAGGGUCUGCAGUGUUACCUGAGGUUGUGUUUUGUUAUUUUCAGUUGCUGUUUUGCGCUUGUACAGUGAUCAUUGUAAUUGGUGGCGCAUUCGAGCGAGGCAACAUCCUCCCCUCUCUUCUCUUCGGCUUCUGCUGGGCUACCAUCGUGUAUUGUCCACUCGCCCGUUGGACGUGGAGUAGUAAGGGGUGGUUGUAUAAUCUGCCCUCGCUGGAUUAUGCAGGUGGUGGCCCCGUGCAUAUUGCUUCUGGGUGCACUGCGCUAGCCUACGCAUUCGUACUUGGGAAGCGCGAGCAUAGCGCUGAAGAAGUGCCACGACGGAAACCACAUAACGUCACGCUGGUGUUUCUGGGGACGGCGUUUAUUUGGUGUGGAUGGGUUGGAUUUAAUGGGGGAUCUACGCUAAACGCAAGCGUCCGCUCAAUGGUCUCCAUCUUCAACACCAAUGCCGCCGCUUCCACCGGCAUAUUAGGCUGGGUCCUUAUUGACCUGAUCCGCUACCGCGGCCGCUUCUCGUUCGUUGGUGCAUGUGAAGGCGCAAUCGCAGGUCUAGUUGGUAUAACACCUGCUGCAGGCUUUGUCUCCCUUUGGCUAGCUGCAUGCAUCGGCUUCAUAACAUCAAUUAUCUGCGCAUUACUCCAAGACCUCAACAAAUGGAUCCGCAUCGACGAAGGAAUGGACGUAUUCAAACUUCACGGAGUAGGCGGGAUAGUAGGCGCUUUCCUAACAGGUAUCUUCGCGAGCGAGAGUGUUUCCGCGCUCGAUGGAGCGACGUACCAGGGCGGUGCGAUUGAUGGGAUUGGCGUACAGGUCGGACGGCAGUUGGCGGAGGUGUGUGCGAUUUCGGUGUAUGCAUUUAUUGUUUCGGCUGUGUUGUUGUAUUUGAUUAAUUGGAUCCCGGGGAUGAAGUUGAGGGUUGGGGAGGAGGUGGAGGGGGUGGGAUUGGAUAGGGGACUGUUUGUGGAAGAGGAGAUCGGGGAUUGGGGACUGUUUGGGAUGGGUGUUGUUGAGGGGGUUAGGUCGUCGGGAUCUAGUAGUCCGGCGCAGACGCAAGAGACGGUUGUUAAAGAGAAGUAG